CUCACAAAUUAUGCUAAAGUAACAAAUUUAAGAAUUCAUCAAACCAAAUGUGGUAAACAAUUUCUACAAUUUCCGCCAAGUCAUCAUCAUUGUAAGAAAUAAACAUUUAGUAAUCAUGUGGUGUAUAUGAAAGGAAAAUUACGUGAUUUACGUCUUUUUCAAUGAUUUCUUGAUAAUCCAACAGAUAUAAAUACUAGGUCAUUUUACCGUCCUCGGAACCUCUCAAGACCUUUGCAUCUUUCGCAAAAAUCUUCUUUUAUCAAAAUGGCUUCCCAAGUACCAUUACAAAUAUCAAACACAACAACAACCAAUUUGAGCUCGGUUGACGCUCGAGGAGGCCUACGCAAGAGUUUUCCUCAUUGUAUCGCUAAUAACCUUCCCAAAGAAACUGUAAAAUCUGUAAUUGAUAAUAUCUUUAAAAAAACUUCUGGCAAAGACGCAACAUCAGUUUAUACGUCUUCAGCCGAAUGGAUUCAAUCACUUUCCACCUCAAUUGCUAAUGAACUCUCCGCAAACUUUAAUGUUCCUGCUGAAAAUUUCUCAGAAUCCUCCACAAAAAUUGCUAAUGUUGUUUCUGGUAUAGGAAAUGGAACUUGGUCAUCUGGUAUUACACCUAUUAAUGCAAUUAAGGAUCUUGAAACAAAUGUCCCGUUGUAUAUUUCCGAUUACUUUGAUCAAUUGUCUGGUUGGUCAAGAGAACAUGUUUUCGACGAACAAAAAGCUAGAAUUGGAAGCAUUAUUUCCGGUUUAAAUAGUUCAAGUAAACCUUACCCUGCAGCAAGCCCUCAUGGUCCCGAAACCGCUUUAUCCGGAAAAUAUGUGAAAAUUAACUGGAAGCUAUCCGCUGCUAACGUUGACCGCCCAUUUAACAUCAGUCCAGGCACUGCUUCAUUUAGUUCGGAAGCUGAACCAAGUAGCGGUGAAGUUUACAGAUACUUUGCAUUCAUUGAUUCUAGCAAGCUAGCCAUUUCAAUGGAAAAAGAUGGUUCAAUCAAGAAAAAUCUUUACAAUUUCACUGAUCCUUCACAGCUUUGGAGAAUUGAUAACUACGGAAACUUUUAUGCGUUGUAUAAUAAGAAAUAUGGAGCAUAUCUAGGAAAAAGCCUUAAAGCGAAUAAAGAAAAACCCGACAACAACUGGCAUGAAUCUGCAGUUUAUCUUGUUGAGAAUGAUGAGCACACUUAUUCGAUUGGAUACACGCGUAAUAAUAAACAGCUUGACUCUGCUGAUAUAUUGAGAAAUCUUACCCUUGGUAAAAUUUAAUUUUAACGUUAUAAAAAAUGCAUUUUACUCAUUAUAUUUAAAUAAAAACUUUUUUUCUUUU